AUGGGUAAUCAACAACCAACGGGUCGUACCCGUAGUGACACAUAUACACGAUAUGAACGAGACGGUGAAGAUGGUCGAUAUGUAACUCUUGAUCAUCAUGAUUCUAGUGGAAGUAGUCAGGUAUCAUCAUUUGAUGAACGAGGGACACCACGACAUGAUCCAAGUUUACCAAUACGUAUUCGUAAUCAACGUCAUAUGCAUCAUCAUCAUACACAACAAGCUGUUCAUGCAGAAAUGCAUAAUGAAAAAAAAACGAUUCCUGUUGUAUUUAAAUAUCCAGCAUUACCAAAAGAUAAAGAAGCUUUAUUAACUGGUACAUUUACAAAUUGGAAAGAUACAAUACCAAUGGUUAAAAGUGAUAAUGAUUUUGUUGCUAUUUUGGAAUUACCUGAAGGUGAACAUGAAUAUAAAUUUAAUAUUGAUGGUCGGUGGGAAUAUGAUAUAAAUGAACCAUCCAAAGAUGAUGGUCAUAAUGGUCGUAAUAAUAUUGUAACAGUUAAAAAAAGUGAUUUUGAAGUUAUGGAAGCACUUACAUCGGAUUCAAUUUUAUCUAAUAAUCAAAACUCAAAUUUAAAUAAACAACAAUCAACUGAUACAGAUUUGGCUCGUUCUCCACCAGGCUCGUAUGAACAAAAUUGGCCACCGACAAAUCAAAAAGAAUUCUCACAGACAGAUAAACCACCAUUUUUACCACCACAUUUACUUAAUAUUAUUCUCAAUAAAGAUACAGCAGCACAUUAUGAACCAGCUUUAUUACCAGAACCAAAUCAUGUUAUGUUAAAACAUCUCUACGCAUUAUCUAUUCGUGAUGGUGUUAUGGUAUUAAGUACAACGACACGUUAUAGACAUAAAUUUGUUACAACAUGCUUUUAUAAACCGACAAGCAAAUAA